GUGGACACACAGGUGGGCAGAGGCUGGGGCUCACUCCCAGGCUUCAGGUUCCAAAUGCUUUGCCCGUUUGCAGACACACAAACCACACCAGGCUCUCCUGGCGGCCCGGGGGUGCCCUGUGCCCUGUUCUCAUCAGGACCUGACCCGAGAGAGGCGCCUGACCCCGAGCAUCCUCCUCCUGCUGCUCCCCGCAGUGUCCCCGCUAGUUCAGCACAGCCACCUCCCGCUGGAGGAGCGCAUUUGUUCUCGAAGCGCCGGGGCCGCGCUGCCCGUCCGGGCGAAAGGCUGACAAAGAAAGGCGGAAAGGGGAAAAGCCCCGACCCAGUGCCCGCAGCUCCGGGCGGAACCCCGGCCACCCCACGGUGGCCCCGAUGGAAUUUGGGGAGCGGCACCCGGAGCGUUCGGUCCCCGCUGCCGCAGCGGCCACGGAGCCAGCCCGGCCCCGGGACCCCCGCCCAGGUAGGCGCCGCUGCUUCGCUCCCUUCUCCCUCUCACCGCCUUCCGUCCCCUUGGAUUUUCCCCCGCCGUUUCCCUCAAGCCAUUGAAUUCCGGCGAUUUUACCAUCGGGCAGCGCCGCGGAGAGCGGCGGCCGCCGCUCCAUCCGCUACCCGGGGAUCCCGAGUGAAAGCGCCCCCGGUCUGGCUGCGCUUCCAGCGGCUCCGGGCAAAGGGACCGACCGCAGGCGGCAGUGCCCGCAGGCAGCGGUGCCCGAGCGCGGCGGGGCCGGACCAGGGCCGCGGGGGUCGCACCGGACCCGACAGCCCGGGCUGGGCUGAAGCGAUGCAGAAGGGUCCGCUCGGAGAGCGGCUGCCCGCCGGGGCACGCAGGGGCCGCGUUCCCGCUCCCCGUCCCCCCGCAGGUCCCUUACCUGCGCUCCGGGCUCGGCUCCCCCGCCGGUGUUGCCGCUCCCGGCGAGGCACGGACAGGGAAUUUAGGGUCUUCCCGAAGCCCUGCCGCCCUUCCCGAGGGGGGUCAGUGCCGGGGAUGCCUCCCCCCGGCCCCGGGAUCCCCCCGGUCCUCCCCCCGUAUCGAUUCCAGUCCGGCGCUGGCAGCGUUUAGGCCGGGAUUGGGGGAUA